AUGGCAGGGGCUUGGAGGGCACUGGUGCUGGUGGCAGGCUUGGCAGCAGUGGCCUGUGUGGCCCAGCGCACUCUGAGCUAUGAAGAGAUAGUCGCCCAGGCCCUGCAGUUCUUCAACCAGGGGCGCAGAGGACAGCGAAUCUUCGGCCUGCUGGAAGCCUUUCCUCCGCCCUUGGUGAGCAAUUCCACCACCACGAUCCCGCUCAAUUUCAGGAUUAAAGAGACCGUGUGCUUCUUGUUUUGGCGCCGCCGACAACCCCGAGAAUGCCCCUUCAGGGAAGGCGGGGAGGAGAGGAACUGCACCGGCGCCUUGUUCUUGCGGCCGCACAUCAGACUCCUGUCCCUCAACUGCGACCCGCCCCAGGACCGGGAGCCGAACCGCGAACCAUUUCAACGGGUGAGGCGUUCUGCUGGGCCCCCUGGAGCAGACACCAGGAAUUGA